UGCUAUUCCUCUCAUAUCGAGUAAUUUGCUCUUCUUGAAUUGCCUUGGGUAUUAGUAUGAAUAACAACAGAGAUUCGGUGGGAAAUUACAGUAAUUCAGAAUUCAUGUUUAGUUCCACUGCCGUGCACUCCGAAUCUUAUCUGCUUAGGGAGUUGCUGCUAGUGGAGAUGAGACCGGUGAGAUAAUGUUGCAGCAUCCAGUAAUUGGGAAAUAAGACUUAAAUAGGUUUUUCCACAGCAUAAUCAUGGAUAAGGUGAAAGAGAUUAAACUCAUUUGCUUUGGACAAAUGCCUUUGUGGAUUGCUGUAUGGUGAGGUAUGAGUAUGAUAGUGCUUGUUCAUGGAACGCUAAUGCUUAUUCAUCCAGUAGGGGGGGGGGGGGACAGGAGCAUUCACAUUAUAUUGGUCCCUGACAGAUUCGGCCAUUCAAACAUUUCUUAUGGGUUGAUCCCCAAUUCCAAGAAUGCGACAAAUGGUCGCUUUAUCUGGACUGUAGUAAAUAACAGUCAUGUCAAUAACACAAACAGCCACAUAUGGAGGAAAACAUUGUCAAACUAAACGUAGUACGUUUGACUAAUGUUAAAGAUGUUGCUCAGGAAAUUUUGAUGAUAUCCAUCCUGAAAGAGUCCGUUUUUAAAAUUUGACCUGUCCAUCCAAUGAAUUUUCAGAGGUAUUUGACAACUGGCGCACCUGUUCCAAGACUUGAGGACAUAGAAUAUUCUAAAUUGACUUGUGUAGAAACUAACUGCUCAUUGCACUGCUGCCAAUUUGGUAACAGGAACAUAUACUUUGUUUGUCCAGAAAAUAAGUUACUCUUCUUAUAGGUCCACGUCCACCACCAUUUUCGUCCUGCAGAUGUUAUCAAAGUUAGGCUUCAAAUGCAGCAUGCUGGGCAAAGAGGAAACUUAGUUGGAAUGGGGACAAUAUUUACACAACUGGUCGCUAGGGAAGGGCCUCGGUCACUCUACCUGGGACUUGCACCAGCUUUGACAAGAUCUGUUGUCUAUGGUGGCCUUCGAUUAGGACUGUACGAGCCCUGCAAACAUGUCUGCAGUUAUGCAUUUGGUUCAACAAACUUUGCUUUUAAAUUUGCAUCUGGAAUCAUUGCUGGGGCCCUUGCAACUGCUUUAACAAAUCCCAUGGAGGUUUUAAAGGUGAGGUUGCAGAUGAGUACAAGCAGUACCGGUACAAUAGGGGAGAUGAGGAAAGUUUUAGCACAGGAAGGGCUCAAAGCACUUUGGAAAGGAGUUGGUCCAGCAAUGGCAAGAGCAGGCUGCCUCACUGCAUCACAAAUGGCAACCUACGAUGAAUCCAAGCAGGCAUUAAUGAAGUGGACACCUCUUGAAGAAGGUUUUCAACUACAUCUCAUCUCGAGUUGCAUAGCUGGAACAGCUGGUACUCUUGUGACCGCACCUGUAGACAUGGUCAAAACACGGCUAAUGCUGCAACGGGAGACCAAAGGUGCCAGAGUAUACAGGAAUGGGUUCCAUUGUGCUUACCAGGUUGUUGUGACAGAGGGCGUAAAAUCACUUUAUAAAGGUGGAUUUGCCACCUUUGCAAGAUUAGGCCCUCAGACAACGAUCACCUUCAUCGUGUGUGAGAAAUUGCGUGAACUAGCAGGGAUGACUGCUAUGUAAUACCACCUAAAAUUGCAUAUUCGUUGGUCCAACAGUUGGAGGACAUUUCAGGCUUGGGAAGAAGAUAAGCACACAGGUAUUUUAGACAUUUCAGGCUUGGGAAGAAGAUAAGCACACAGGUAUUUUAGAGAGGGAGAAGAUAAGCGCACAUAGGGUAUUUCAGGCUUGGGAAGUCCAAACUCCUUCCAGAUUUAUAUUACUGCAUUCAAAAUUUUGAAAUGGUGUAAACUGUGUGUAUAUCGGUAUAUUUUAUAUACCUGACAUACCUGACGCUUCUUUUUAUCAAGAAAUUGCCGUACAGCAUAUGGACCGAGAAUGUUCUUCUG